AUGUCAGCUGCUUCAAAACUCAUGCGUUUUGGGACCUCACUCCUCCACGCUCCCACAAGGACUCUCUCUCCUACCCCUUCACUUCUCUCUCUAAAACCCUUCGCCGCUCCCAAGUCUCUGCGCUUCCCCCGGUACGCCUCCUCUUCGGCUGCGAUUGAAAGUAUUGACACCGUCCCCGCCACCAGCACAGAAUCUCCGCCGCCGCACCACCCCUGGCCCGAGUGGGUGGCCUUCGUCGACCGCUUGAAGACCAAGGGGUACUUCACGGGAACGCCGCCGAAGGAGAGUGAUGUUUACACGGAUAUAAAUGAAGUUAAGGAGGCAUCUCUCAGCUUUGCUCGUGACCGCUAUGAUGUUUUCAAAUCAUUGUCUAUGGAAGAUAUUCAAGCAGUUGUGGAGGGUGGAUGUCCCAAUCUUUUCCGGAAGGCUGUGAAUUCAGCAAAAAGAUUGAGAUUCCAUUUGAGACUAGAUGAAGGGGAUGUUUGUGGUGGUUGUAAUCUCCGAGGUUCCUGCGAUAGAGCUUAUGUGGUUCUUAAGGAAUCUGAAGCAGCAGCACGUACAGUGGAUAUAGUGCGAAUACUAUUGUUUUAUGCUUUGGAUCCCGUUGUUUUUUCUGAGGGAGAGAAACCGCCUGGUAGAGAGCUUCUAGAAACAUCUGCAAGGAAGCUGCUCUCUGAGUUGCUUCAACUCAGCGAAACAGCUGUUGACCCAUCACUUCCAAAGCCUGCUGCCAAAACUAUUGAGAAGAAGAAAUUUUAUCCAAGUUUCAUUGGCGAUGAACUAUCUCAAGAUGUUGAAAUGAAGAGAGGAGAUUGGAUGUGUCCCAAGUGCAAUUUUAUGAACUUUGCUAAAAAUUUAAGAUGCCUACAAUGUAAAGAAGAUGGCCCAAGAAAAGCUGAUGCGGGUGAUCUCGAAAUCGAAAUGAAAAAGGGAGACUGGAUCUGCACCGAAUGCAGUUUCAUGAACUUCUCUAGAAAUAUACGCUGCCUAAAGUGCAAAGCUGAAGGGCCAAAGAGAGUCGGUCCAGAUGUUGAAAUGAAGAAAGGAGACUGGACUUGCCCAAAGUGUGCAUUCAUGAAUUUCGCAAGCAAUAGGAAGUGUUUGCGUUGUCAAGACCCACGGCCCAAGAAAAAUCCUGCAGACUGGGACUGUCCCUCAUGCGAUUUCUUGAAUUAUGGCAGAAACGCGGUCUGUCUGAAGUGCAACUGUAAACGCCCUAAAGAAGAAACUACCGAGUACGAGGAGCAGAUGUGGAGGCGUCCGCGCUAGUGUAUUGUUAAUAACUUAAUAGGCCCAAAGACAUUGUUUUCUAGGGAGAUAUGUGCAUGACAUGCUUGCUUACGGUGAACCUUGAUCACUUCGUAACAUAUCAGGCUUACAUAGACGGGAGAGUGAUGAAAUGUAGGCGGCUUUAGCUUUAUAUACUGCCAAGGACAGGAACCAUUUGUGACCAAUGAUUUUAUAGUUUCUAUGGAAAGGUGUUCUACGUAAGGUUUUCAACUAUCAACAACAACAACAAUCUUAUUUCAAUAAGCAUGAUCGGUUGUAUGAA